AUGUCUGCCCAGGAGCACGAAAAGACUACAGCACUAGACGGAAACUUCCAGCUACGGCGCUUUCGUCACGUAAAGGAUGUCCAGGGUGUUAAUUUUAAAGAUGAAGAAGUGAACAUGCUCUGGGUUAACGAUGAAACGCUCAUUCCUUAUAAAGAAUCGGCUAAAGAUGGCUGUCCCUCUUUUGGCGCGCUUGAAAAGCAAGGCGGAUCGAUCAAGGGUCUUGAUCAAACCGGUGCUUUUGCGUGUACCUGUGGUCGCCACGGCUAUCCGAUUGCUAAAGUCGAUAUGCGUAGCAAAGGCGAACGUAUCUUAAGAAAGUGA